GGGGCUUCCUUGGUGGAACGUGUUUUCUCACGUGUUGGGUGUUAUGCGUCGCGUUUACAACACGUGAUAGCGGCGGCGCGGCGUCAUCGUCGUGGCGGCAUCUCCCUCCUCGUUAAAGGAACGUAAGCGCCGCUGGCUGUGGAUCGCAGUCGUCGCCGUGCCAUAUCGGAGCACGCAUAGCACGGUGUUAUGAGCCUCGCGCGCAUCGCAUCGCAUCGCAUCGCAUCGCAUCAGUCGUCUUUGUCGUCGUCGUUCCGCGUUUUUCUAUUUUUCGCCGGUUGCUCUUCCUUCAUUUCGCGGUGUACGUCGUUGAUUGUCAUCGUACAUUCAUACAGCGAUCGUGAAAGAUAGACAGUUUUUCACCAAAGGCGGUGACUGGACGACUCGUCGAGUGGCGAACGUUCGAACGCGAGAUAUUCUCGCAUUCUGCGAGAUACAGUCUCGUCAGGCUUCUAAUUAAAUUUCCAAGAGGCUCUUGUGUUGCCGCUAGUCGAGCUGCUCGAGCAGUGAUUGCAUCUGGAAACGGAGGAAAAAUACAGCGUACUACCUUUCGCGCGCUCUCCCGUCCCGAGCACCAUGGUGACGCAUAGCAUGGACAACAUUCUGAACAUGCAGUAUUACCCUGCGAACAGCCACGUUGAUACGGCAGCGCACUCGCCCCCGAUGAGGAAAAGGCGCUGCUUAAACAAAGAGCAAGAUCCGAUGUCGCACAGGAUCAUCGAAAAGCGGAGAAGAGAUCGUAUGAACAACUGCUUGGCCGAUUUGAGCAGGCUCAUACCGGCCGAGUACUUGAAGAAAGGUCGGGGAAGAGUGGAGAAGACCGAGAUCAUCGAGAUGGCUAUUCGCCACAUGAAGCAUCUUCAAGGUCUUCGACAAGAAUCGAAACAUGCUGCCGUGACGUCAGUUCACACGCACCCUGAGGACAGUGUAGACAGUGUCUCGCACUCGACCAUCGCGUCCACCGCGGCGGAACACUACAGGCUGGGCUUUCAGGAGUGUCUCAGCGAAACCAUGCAUUUCCUCGUGGAGGUGGAGGGUUUCUUUGCCAGAGACUCGUUGUGUGUUCAACUAAUCAACCAUCUGCAACAGCAUUGCGAGAAAAUCUUGGCUACCAGCGACAGGCUGGGGUUCCCCCAUCCGGAGAUGCCUACGGCGAACGGUGUCGCGAAUGGGUCGAGUUACGCUCACAGUAGCAUUCCGACGAUAUGUCAGCCGAACGGUCACUCGGAUCACGGCUCGAGUUCCGGUGCAAGUUCCUUCGGCGAUCCGGAACGUCCUUUGCGCCCGGCGAUCAUCCCACCGCCAGCGAUCGUCAGCGACGACAGCAAUCACAGCAGCCAUUCGCACAGUACGCCGCCGAGUACCAGCCUUUGCAAGCCUUCCAACUACAAAUUCAAAAGCUCCAUCAAGCAGAGGUUCUCCGCGGAGAGGAUAAAGUUCAGCCCGCCGCCGGCCACAAGCGGCACCGAGAAGCCAUCCGCGUCUCACGGAGUGCCGAUCUUUGCUCUGCACGACGGUGGCGCCUUCUACGUCCCGUUGACCGUCGAGGCGUCACUGUUGAGGCCACAUCUGGGCUUCGUCUCCGACACCGGCCCCGACACCGUGCUACAUCCGGUCACGAUAUCGGUCAACUUCAACCAUUCGAGUCCGCCAGCGUGGUCGCACCACCACAGCCCAACGCAUCAGCAACAGACAUAAAGACGAGAAAUGUUUCGGGAAUCGUAUGUCCGAAUCGUGAGCCGAACGAUGACCGACCUUGCUCGUUCCAACCACGACGUCCAUCGACCAUGUGCUUUUCACGCGUGUACGCUCUUGGAACUGAUGAAAAUCAGCGUCGCAGAUUCCAAUCGUCUCGAAGAGGAUUGGUCGACGUCGCACGAUGAUCGCGAUUUUACUUUCAAUUCUAGUUCUUUAGCUGUUAGUCGACGUCAGAGAUGAACGCUGAAACGGUGAAACGUGUUCAACGCGUUUCUUCAGGAAGGAAGGAGGUGUCGAGGAUGGUUCUUUCUUUUUUUUUUUUUUUUCUUU